CAUGCUUUGCCUUAUUGCAACAAACUCUUCUCCAAAAUGGCCCACCUGACAAACUCCCUCGUCACACCUGAACAGCUGCAUCAACGCGCCAGGUUUAGCUCACUUCCCACCGACCUCCAAGAUACAAUAUUCUAUACGACCCAAUGCCUCACACAAGCCGCAGGGCUGCUGUUGCAGCUCCCACAGUCUACCACAGCACAAGCCAAUGUACUACUCGCUCGAUACUGGCUUGUGGAUUCCGAGAUGCAGCAUGAAUUCAGCGAUGUCUCCGCCGCGUGCAUCUACAUCGUCGCAAAGUGCGGCCCCUUCCCCCGUUCCCCACGCGACGUGACAAACGUAUACGCCUACCUCCUUUCUCCAGUUUCCCCCCUCGCCCAACCACCAAACACCACCAAUCCCGACGACGCCCCCGACCCGACGAAAUACUACCAGAGCGAAGCCGACUACUUCGCCGCGCACAACCGCAUCCUAGCGCUCGAGGGCCGCAUCCUUUACGCCCUGUCCUUUGACACGCGCGUCGCGCUGCCGCACCCCCUGGCCGUGACGUACCUGCAGGCCCUCGACUUCCUCGCCCAGCCGCGCGAGGUGGUGUCGGAGCGCGCCGUCGCCUACCUCAACGCCGCCCUGCUCUCCCCGCAGCUGCUGUACCUGACGCACCAGCCCAGCGCCCUGGCCGUCGCCGCCGUCUACAACGCCGCCCGCGACCUCGGCGCAAAGAUGCCAGAGUGCGAGUGGUGGGAGGUGUUUGACGUUGAGCGAGAGGAGCUGGGGUUUCUGGUCGUGGGGUUAAGGAGUCUCGAGGGCUGGGUCAGACAGCAGAAGGAGGCGUUGGCGUCCGGGGAUAAGGCAUUGGUUCCUGCGCUGCUUGGUGGGGAGGGUGGUUUGCUCACCAGGCGGCUCGUAGAGGCGAUAAUGCAGAGACGAGGGUUACAGCUACGGAAGAAUGGAGACAGUUCACAGGCUGCAAACGCAGUGGUGGACGACGAGGCCGAGAUGAUGAGGAAAUUAGAUGAAAGGGUUGCUAGUAUGGACGAGAGCUAGUUUAGGGUCCCGCACACCUGCCACUCUUGACUUUCCUGGACCGUAUCAUAUUAGGGGUCAGAAACGAAUUCUCCAGUCUCUGUGUGCUCUUCAUACAUUGCGCAUCAACCAGCCUGUGAACGAGAAGAUUCGCCUUCUCCGCUUGCCACCUGAGCCUCCCUCCUGGCCUUGGCACCUGCCUUGAGCUUCUCCCAUCUCUCUCGGUACUGUCCAUUGACUUUUCGAACGUGCAUGUACUCCUUCUCCAAGGCUUCCAUCCG